CGGCCGUCCGAUCCUUAUCACUCCCCGCACGCUCCUUCCCAGCCGCACCGCCGCCGUGCUUUACUCACUCCCGCCCGUAUCCUUUCCGCCGGCCAUCUCCUUCGCUGCCGCCCCCGCCUCUCCCCCUCGCGGCGCUUUCCUUCGCCGCACGCGUCCCUGCCCUGCCCGCGGCCGCCGUCGUUGCCCGCGCCGACCUCGUUACGGUUGGCCGUUCGUCGCCUCGGGGCGCCCCCUAUCCUCCGCUUUCUUGUUUGCGGUGCCGGACUUCCGGUGAAUUCGUCUAUUUGUUACCUUAUUGAACACCUUGUGUUCUCAGCUGUAUGAGUGCAAGGGGGUGUUCGUAAGAGCAUUGCCAUGGCAUCUCCUGCUUCAGUUACCAAUCUGGGUAGCAAGGGAAGGCCUGGCCCGCUGCCCACAGCGGCAGUGAGGAGGGGGCACUUGGUUUCAAGAAUCAGUUUUACAGGGUUCGAUGGUGUCCGGCGGUUGCCGUGUGCGCCUGGGAGGCUGUGUAGAUGUAUGGUCAUAACUAACUUGAUCGAGGAGAAGGGAGCUCAAUUCUCCUCGAGACCAAGUGUGAGUGUUAAAGCUGAUGAUGACAAAGAUCUUCUUUCAAAGCCCCCGCAGAGGCCAGUUCGGCCAAAUGGGCCACCAGAGAGCAUGAAUACUGCAACGACAUCUGCACCUGCCAGGAAGCCAGCGGUUGCAACAGUGCAAGAACGUGACAAGGUCAGAGAAUCAUUGGAUGAGGUGCUGGAGAAGGCAGAGAAACUCAAGGCUUCGAGCUCAGGAAAUGGGGAUGGUGGUGAGAACCAUGUACUGAGUCAGGAUGGUGUGUCAAAGCCUAAUAGUCCUGCACCAAUGGGGGUGGAGGAGGGCGUGCAUUCGAAAAGGACAAAAACACUAAAGAGUAUAUGGCGAAAGGGGAACCCUGUGUCAUCUGUACAUAAGGUGGUUAGAGAUCGUCCACGUACUGAAACUAGGGGUCAGUCCAUAUCUGCAGCUAAACCUUCAGUGUCAUCUCCAUCAAAGCCAGUGCCUCAGCUACUAACAAGACCUUCUGUAGCACCACCGCCUCGUCGGCCCGUCAAGGCUGAUACAUCACAGGAGAAAAAAGGACCCAUCCUGAUCGACAAAUUUGCUUCCAAGAGACCAACGGUUGACCCUGCUGUUGCCGAAGCACUGGUAGAUCCUGUAAAGCCAGUACGAGGCCCACCAGCGAAAGUGAAGGAUAAUCGUCGUAAAAAAAUAAUAGCACCAGCUGCUCCCCGUCGACGUAUGCCAAAUGAUGAUCGUCGAUCAGUUGAUGAUGAUGCUCCAGUGCGCAAGGGAAGGAGGUGGAACAAGGCAAAACGUAGGGCUGCAAGGCUUGAGGCUUUAGAAGCUGAAGAGCCAGUUAGGGUUGAGAUCCUUGAAGUUGGCACAGAAGGUAUGGAUAUUGACGAAUUGGCAUAUCAAUUGGCAGUUGGCGAAUCAGAAAUUCUGCGGUUUUUAUCUGUAAGAGGAGCGAUGCUUGACAACGUUCAGACUCUUGAUAAAGAUUUGGUUAAGAUGGUUUGCAUGGAAUAUGAAGUUGAAGUACUGGAAAGUGACCCAGUGAGGGUGGAAGAGAUGGCAAAAAAGAACGAGUUCCUUGAUGUGGAAGAUUUGGAUAAACUGGUAGCAAGGCCUCCCAUUGUAACUAUCAUGGGUCAUGUCGAUCAUGGAAAGACAACUCUGUUGGAUUAUAUACGCAAGAGCAAGGUGGUGGCAUCAGAAGCUGGUGGAAUAACACAAGGAAUUGGAGCAUAUCAAGUUCUUGUGCCAGUUGACGGAAACCCUCAGGCUUGUGUUUUUCUUGAUACUCCAGGGCACGAGGCAUUUGGUGCAAUGAGAGCUCGAGGAGCAAAGGUAACUGAUAUCUGUAUCAUUGUCGUGGCUGCGGAUGAUGGUGUUCGACCACAAACAAAUGAGGCGAUUGCGCAUGCAAAGGCAGCUGGUGUGCCUAUUAUAAUAGCUAUAAACAAGGUAGACAAGGAAGGAGCUAAUCCAGAACGAGUCAUGCAAGAGCUUUCCCAGAUUGGACUUAUGCCAGAAAUGUGGGGUGGUGAUACCCCAAUGAUUCAGAUAAGUGCUCUUAAGGGAGAGAAUGUUGAUGAGCUAUUGGAGACUGUCAUGCUUGUUGCUGAGUUGCAAGAAUUAAAAGCCAAUCCUGAUAGAAAUGCAAAGGGAACAGUUAUUGAAGCAUGUCUGGACAAGGCUAAAGGACCUCUCGCUACCUUAGUUGUACAGAAUGGAACCCUGAAUAAGGGUGAUAUUCUUGUUUGCGGUGAAGCUUUUGGAAAGAUCCGUGCAAUGUAUGAUGAUCGUGGAAGUCUUGUAGACCAAGCAGGACCAUCCAACGCAGUGCAGAUUAUUGGCCUGAACAAUGUACCCCUUGCUGGUGACGAAUUUGAGUCUGUUGAUGACCUUGAUGUUGCACGUGAAAGGGCCAAUACGCGUGCUGAUGCAAUGAGAAUUGAAAGGAUAAAUGCGAAAGCUGGGGAAGGAAAAGUUACCCUCUCAUCCAUUGCAGCAUCCGUUUCAUCUGGGAAUCAAGCAGGGAUUGAUACACAUGGGCUCAAUGUCAUCCUUAAAGUGGAUUUUCAGGGUUCGAUUGAGGCCAUCAGGCAAGCCAUUGAAGCACUGCCUCAAGAAAAUGUCUCCUUGAGAUUCCUGCUUCAAGCUCCCGGAGAUGUGAGUGUCAGUGAUGUUGAUCUGGCUGUUGCAUCAGAAGGAAUCGUAUUUGGUUUUAAUGUCAAAGCUCCAGGAUCAGUUAAGAAAUAUGCUAAGCAGAAAAGUGUGGAAAUUCGUCUGUACAAAGUGAUCUAUGAUCUGAUUGAUGAUUUGCGAAAUGCCAUGGAAGGGCUUCUUGACCUUGCUGAGGAGGAAGUACCACUGGGUUCAGCGAAAGUACGGGCUGUUUUCAGUAGUGGCAGCGGAAAGGCAGCGGGUUGUAUGGUUACUACAGGGAAAGUUGUGGAAGAUUGCAAUGUUCGGGUUCUUCGUAAAGGAAAGGAAGUAUAUGUUGGUACACUCGAUUCCUUGAGACGGGUGAAAGAAACUGUGAAGGAGGUUGGCGCGGGGCUAGAGUGUGGUAUUGGCGUAGAUGACUUUGAUGAAUGGGAGGAAGGUGAUGUCGUGGAGGCAUUCAACACCGUGAAGAAGGCAAGAACCCUCGAGGAAGCCUCUGCCUCCGUGACUGCAGCUCUCAAGGGUGCAGGCGUCCAGGUGUAGAUGUUGCAAAGCUGAUAACCAAGUGUAUGACAACUACGGCAGCCACUGAUUUUUUUCGGCAACGAAGCUGGAGUGCGUUGGCCACAUUGUCGAAGAAUGACAAUCGGGUACUUGAAAGACAAACCAUUGAAGGUCAGAUGACAUGCCUGCAUUGCCGGAGCCUGCCUGUGCUGGACCUUAUCUCCCAAAGCUGCAUCUGCUGCUGCUGCUGCUGCUGCUGUGUGUUAAUGUACAUAGAGAAGGUGAGACCAGCUGUUUUUAGUUUGCCUCUAACGGGUAGAUAAGGGGUGUGCGUGAGUAGUUUUACACCUUUUGAAAUUUUUUUUGACACAAGCUGUAACCUGGCCACGGUGGCACCACAUCACUAUUCGAUCAUCAUUCAUCGUACUCUUCAUGACAAAUAAAAGAUAACAAAAAGGGAUGGGAAGGGAAGGGAGUUUACUCUGCCAAUUUUGUUA